AUGAGCACUGACGUGGCCUCCAGCACACCCACGUCCACAUCCACCAUGGCCAGCACCGAAAUCUCCACUUCUGCCACAACAGACAUGACCACGGCCACCACCACCCCUGAGCCUACGACCACUGUGGAGACAACCUCACCGACCACUGCCGUGCCAACAUCCACCCUUGCCACCUCGUCAGCAGCCUCCAGCCCUGACACAACCACACCCGAGCGCACCACCAGCACGGCCAGCACGGCUUCCACAACUUGGGCACCCUCCACCAACACCCCUGAGCUCAGCUCCACCCUCACCACAGAAUUCUCCACCACCCCUGAGCCCACCACCACUGCCACAUCUAUGCCCACACCAGACAGCACGCCCUCGACCACUGGCGCACCCUCCAGCACACCCAUGCCCUCAUCCACCACGGCCAGCACUGAAAGCUCCACUUCAGCCACCAUGGCCACCACCACCAUGGCUGCUACUACUCCUUCGCCUACCCCAACUGUGGACACAAGCUCACCAACCACUGCCGUACCAACGUCCACCCCUGCCACCUCGUCGCCAGAGACCAGCCCUGUCACCACCACACCUGAGACAACGACCAGCCUGGCCAACACAGCUUCUACGACUAGCUCUGUUGUGAUCACCACACUCACCACAGAAAUCUCCACCACCCCUGAACCCACCACCACUGCCACCUCCACGCCCACGCCAGAAAGCACUCCCAUGAGCACUGACGUGGCCUCCAGCACACCCACGUCCACAUCCACCAUGCCCAGCACCGAAAUCUCCACUUCUGCCACAACAGACAUGACCACGGCCACCACCACCCCUGAACCUACGACCGCUGUGGAGACAACCAAACCGACCACUGCCGUGCCAACAUCCACCCUUGCCACCUCGUCAGCAGCCUCCAGCCCUGACACAACCACACCCGAGCGCACCACCAGCACGGCCAGCACGGCUUCCACAACUUGGGCACCCUCCACCAACACCCCUGAGCUCAGCUCCACACUCACCACAGAAGUCUCCACCACCCCUGAGCCCACCACCACUGCUACAUCUAUGUCAAUACCAAACAGCACGCCCUCGACCACUGGCGCACCCUCCAGCACACCCAUGCCCUCAUCCACCACGGCCAGCACUGAAAGCUCCACUUCAGCCACCAUGGCCACCACCACCAUGGCUGCUACUACUCCUUCGCCUACCCCAACUGUGGACACAAGCUCACCAACCACUGCCGUGCCAACGUCCACCCCUGCCACCUCGUCGCCAGAGACCAGCCAUGUCACCACCACACCUGAGACAACGACCAGCCUGGCCAACACAGCUUCUACGACUAGCUCUGUUGUGAUCACCACACUCACCACAGAAAUCUCCACCACCCCUGAACCCACCACCACUGCCACCUCCACGCCCACGCCAGAAAGCACUCCCAUGAGCACUGACGUGGCCUCCAGCACACCCACGUCCACAUCCACCAUGCCCAGCACCGAAAUCUCCACUUCUGCCACAACAGACAUGACCACGGCCACCACCACCCCUGAACCUACGACCGCUGUGGAGACAACCAAACCGACCACUGCCGUGCCAACAUCCACCCUUGCCACCUCGUCAGCAGCCUCCAGCCCUGACACAACCACACCCGAGCGCACCACCAGCACGGCCAGCACGGCUUCCACAACUUGGGCACCCUCCACCAACACCCCUGAGCUCAGCUCCACACUCACCACAGAAGUCUCCACCACCCCUGAGCCCACCACCACUGCCACAUCUAUGUCCACACCAGACAACAUGCCCUCAACCACUGGCGCACCCUCCAGCACACCCAUGCCCUCAUCUACCACGGCCAGCACUGAAAGCUCCACUUCAGCCACCAUGGCCACCACCACUAUGGCUGCUACUACUCCUUCGCCUACCCCAACUGUGGACACAAGCUCACCAACCACUGCCGUGCCAACGUCCACCCCUGCCACCUCGUCGCCAGAGACCAGCCCUGUCACCAUCACACCUGAGACAACGACCAGCCUGGCCAGCACAGCUUCUACGACUAGCUCUGUUGUGAUCACCACACUCACCACAGAAAUCUCCACCACCCCUGAACCCACCACCACUGCCACCUCCACGCCCACGCCAGAAAGCACUCCCAUGAGCACUGACGUGGCCUCCAGCACACCCACGUCCACAUCCACCAUGGCCAGCACCGAAAUCUCCACUUCUGCCACAACAGACAUGACCACGGCCACCACCACCCCUGAACCUACGACCGCUGUGGAGACAACCAAACCGACCACUGCCGUGCCAACAUCCACCCUUGCCACCUCGUCAGCAGCCUCCAGCCCUGACACAACCACACCCGAGCGCACGACCAGCACGGCCAGCACGGCUUCCACAACUUGGGCACCCUCCACCAACACCCCUGAGCUCAGCUCCACACUCACUACAGAAGUCUCCACCACCCUUGAGCCCACCACCACUGAAACAUCUAUGUCCACACCAGACAACAUGCCCUCGACCACUGGCGCACCCUCCAGCACACCCAUGCCCUCAUCCACCACGGCCAGCACUGAAAGCUCCACUUCAGCCACCAUGGCCACCACCACCAUGGCUGCUACUACUCCUUCGCCUACCCCAACUGUGGACACAAGCUCACCAACCACUGCCGUGCCAACGUCCACCCCUGCCACCUCGUCGCCAGAGACCAGCCAUGUCACCACCACACCUGAGACAACGACCAGCCUGGCCAGCACAGCUUCUACGACUAGCUCUGUUGUGAUCACCACACUCACCACAGAAAUCUCCACCACCCCUGAACCCACCACCACUGCCACCUCCACGCCCACGCCAGAAAGCACUCCCAUGAGCACUGACGUGGCCUCCAGCACACCCACGUCCACAGCCACCAUGCCCAGCACCGAAAUCUCCACUUCUGCCACAACAGACAUGACCACGGCCACCACCACCCCUAAACCUACAACCGCUGUGGAGACAACAAAACCGACCACUGCCGUGCCAACAUCCACCCUUGCCACCUCGUCAGCAGCCUCCAGCCCUGACACAACCACACCCGAGCGCACCACCAGCACGGCCAGCACGGCUUCCACAACUUGGGCACCCUCCACCAACACCCCUGAGCUCAGCUCCACCCUCACCACAGAAUUCUCCAACACCCCUGAGCCCACCACCACUGCUACAUCUAUCACUGAAAGCUCCACUUCAGCCACCAUGGCCACCACAAUUGCCACCACAACUCCUCCUUCAACGACAACUCUUGACACCUCCUCUCCAACCACUGCCGUGCCAACGUCCACCCCUGCCACCUCGUCGCCAGAGACCAGCUCUGUCACCACCACACCUGAGACAACGACCAGCCUGGCCAGCACAGCUUCUACGACCAGCUCUGUUGUGAUCACCACACUCACCACAGAAAUCUCCACCACCCCUGAACCCACCACCACUGCCACCUCGUCGCCCACGCCAGAAAGCACUCCCAUGAGCACUGACGUGGCCUCCAGCACACCCACGUCCACAUCCACCAUGCCCAGCACCGAAAUCUCCACUUCUGCCACAACAGACAUGACCACGGCCACCACCACCCCUGAACCUACGACCGCUGUGGAGACAACCAAACCGACCACUGCCGUGCCAACAUCCACCCUUGCCACCUCGUCAGCAGCCUCCAGCCCUGACACAACCACACCCGAGCGCACCACCAGCACGGCCAGCACGGCUUCCACAACUUGGGCACCCUCCACCAACACCCCUGAGCUCAGCUCCACACUCACCACAGAAGUCUCCACCACCCCUGAGCCCACCACCACUGCCACAUCUAUGUCCACACCAGACAACAUGCCCUCGACCACUGGCGCACCCUCCAGCACACCCAUGCCCUCAUCCACCACGGCCAGCACUGAAAGCUCCACUUCAGCCACCAUGGCCACCACCACCAUGGCUGCUACUACUCCUUUGCCUACCCCAACUGUGGACACAAGCUCACCAACCACUGCCGUACCAACGUCCACCCCUGCCACCUCGUCGUCAGAGACCAGCCCUGUCACCACCACACCUGAGACAACGACCAGCCUGGCCAACACAGCUUCUACGACUAGCUCUGUUGUGAUCACCACACUCACCACAGAAAUCUCCACCACCCCUGAACCCACCACCACUGCCACCUCCACGCCCACGCCAGAAAGCACUCCCAUGAGCACUGACGUGGCCUCCAGCACACCCACGUCCACAUCCACCAUGGCCAGCACCGAAAUCUCCACUUCUGCCACAACAGACAUGACCACGGCCACCACCACCCCUGAACCUACGACCGCUGUGGAGACAACCAAACCGACCACUGCCGUGCCAACAUCCACCCUUGCCACCUCGUCAGCAGCCUCCAGCCCUGACACAACCACACCCGAGUGCACCACCAGCACGGCCAGCACGGCUUCCACAACUUGGGCACCCUCCACCAACACCCCUGAGCUCAGCUCCACACUCACUACAGAAGUCUCCACCACCCCUGAGCCCACCACCACUGAAACAUCUAUGUCCACACCAGACAGCACGCCCUCGACCACUGGCGCACCCUCCAGCACACCCAUGCCCUCAUCCACCACGGCCAGCACUGAAAGCUCCACUUCAGCCACCAUGGCCACCACCACCAUGGCUGCUACUACUCCUUCGCCUACCCCAACUGUGGACACAAGCUCACCAACCACGGCCGUGCCAACGUCCACCCCUGCCACCUCGUCGCCAGAGACCAGCCCUGUCACCACCACACCCGAGACAACGACCAGCCUGGCCAGCACAGCUUCUACGACUAGGGAAUCCUCCACCGCUAGCUCUGUUGUGAGCAGCACACUCACCACAGAAAUCUCCACCACCCCUGAACCCACCACCACUGCCACCUCCACGCCCACGCCAGAAAGCACUCCCAUGAGCACUGACGUGGCCUCCAGCACACCCACGUCCACAUCCACCAUGGCCAGCACCGAAAUCUCCACUUCUGCCACAACAGACAUGACCACGGCCACCACCACCCCUGAACCUACAACCGCUGUGGAGACAACCAAACCGACCACUGCCGUGCCAACAUCCACCCUUGCCACCUCGUCAGCAGCCUCCAGCCCUGACACAACCACACCCGAGCGCACCACCAGCACGGCCAGCACGGCUUCCACAACUUGGGCACCCUCCACCAACACCCCUGAGCUCAGCUCCACCCUCACCACUGAAAUCUCCACCACCCCUGAGCCCACCACCACUGCCACAUCUACGGCCACACCAGAAAACACGCCCUCAACCACUGGCGCACCCUCCAGCACACCCAUCGUCACAUCAACCACAGCCAGCACUGAAAGCUCCACUUCAGCCACCAUGGCCACCACCACCAUGGCUGCUACUACUCCUUCGCCUACCCCAACUGUGGACACCUCCUCGCCAACCACGGCCGUGCCAACGUCCACCCCUGCCACCUCGUCGCCAGAGACCAGCCCUGUCACCACCACACCCGAGACAACGACCAGCCUGGCCAGCACAGCUUCUACGAUUAGCUCUGUUGAGAUCACCACACUCACCACAGAAAGCACCACCCCUGAACCCACCACCACUGCCACCUCCACGCCCACGCCAGAAAGCACUCCCAUGAGCACUGACGUGGCCUCCAGCACACCCACAUCCACAUCCACCAUGCCCAGCACCGAAAUCUCCACUUCUGCCACAACAGACAUGACCACGGCCACCACCACCCCUGAACCUACGACCGCUGUGGAGACAACCAAACCGACCACUACCGUGCCAACAUCCACCCUUGCCACCUCGUCAGCAGCCUCCAGCCCUGACACAACCACACCCGAGCGCACCACCAGCACGGCCAGCACGGCUUCCACAACUUGGGCACCCUUCACCAACACCCCUGAGCUCAGCUCCACACUCACCACUGAAAUCUCCACCACCCCUGAGCCCACCACCACUGCCACAUCUAUGCCCACACCAGAAAACACGCCCUCAACCACUGGCGCACCCUCCAGCACACCCAUGCCCUCAUCCACCACGGCCAGCACUGAAAGCUCCACUUCAGCCACCAUGGCCACCACCACCAUGGCUGCUACUACUCCUUCGCCAACCCCAACUGUGGACACAAGCUCACCAACCACGGCUGUGCCAACGUCCACCCCUGCCACCUCGUCGCCAGAGACUAGCCCUGUCACCACCACACCUGAGACAAUGACCAGCCUGGCUAGCACAGCUUCUACGACUAGCUCUGUUGUGAUCACCACACUCACCACAGAAAUCUCCACCACCCCUGAACCCACCACCACUGCCACCUCCACGCCCACGCCAGAAAGCACUCCCAUGAGCACUGACGUGGCCUCCAGCACACCCACGUCCACAUCCACCAUGGCCAGCACUGAAAUCUCCACUUCUGCCACAACAGACAUGACCACGGCCACCACCACCCCUGAACCUACGACCGCUGUGGAGACAACCAAACCGACCACUGCCGUGCCAACAUCCACCCUUGCCACCUCGUCAGCAGCCUCCAGCCCUGACACAACCACACCCGAGCGCACCAUCAGCACGGCCAGCACGGCUUCCACAACUUGGGCACCCUUCACCAACACCCCUGAGCUCAGCUCCACACUCACCACUGAAAUCUCCACCACCCUUGAGCCCACCACCACUGAAACAUCUAUGUCCACACCAGAAAGCACGCCCUCGACCACUGGCGCACCCUCCAGCACACCCAACGUCACAUCCACCACGGCCAGCACUGAAAGCUCCACUUCUGACACCACUGCCACCACAAUGGCCACCACCACUCCUCCUUCCACGACAACUCUUGACACCUCCUCGCCAACCACUGCCGUGCCAACGUCCACCCCUGCCACCUCGUCGCCAGAGACCAGCCCUGUCACCACCACACCUGAGACAACGGCCAGCCUGGCCAGCACAGCUUCUACGACCAGCUCUGUUGUGAUCACCACACUCACCACAGAAAUCUCCACCACCCCUGAACCCACCACCAUUGCCACCUCCACGCCCACGGCAGAAAGCACUCCCAUGAGCACUGACGUGGCCUCCAGCACACCCACAUCCACAUCCACCAUGGCCAGCACUGAAAGCUCCACUUCAGCCACCAUGGCCACCACCACCAUGGCUGCUACUACUCCUUCGCCAACCCCAACUGUGGACACAAGCUCACCAACCACGGCUGUGCCAACGUCCACCCCUGCCACCUCGUCGCCAGAGACUAGUCCUGUCACCACCACACCCGAGACAAUGACCAGCCUGGCCAGCACAGCUUCUACGACUAGCUCUGUUGUGAUCACCACACUCACCACAGAAAUCUCCACCACCCCUGAACCCACCACCACUGCCACCUCCACGCCCACGCCAGAAAGCACUCCCAUGAGCACUGACGUGGCCUCCAGCACACCCACGUCCACAUCCACCAUGGCCAGCACUGAAAUCUCCACUUCUGCCACAACAGACAUGACCACGGCCACCACCACCCCUGAACCUACGACCGCUGUGGAGACAACCAAACCGACCACUGCCGUGCCAACAUCCACCCUUGCCACCUCGUCAGCAGCCUCCAGCCCUGACACAACCACACCCGAGCGCACCACCAGCACGGCCAGCACGGCUUCCACAACUUGGGCACCCUCCACCAACACCCCUGAGCUCAGCUCCACCCUCACCAUUGAAGUCUCCACCACCCCUGAGCCCACCACCACUGAAACAUCUAUGUCCACACCAGACAGCACGCCCUCGACCACUGGCGCACCCUCCAGCACACCCAUCGUCACAUCAACCACAGCCAGCACUGAAAGCUCCACUUCUGACACCAUGGCCACCACAAUGGCCACCACCACUCCUCCUUCCACGACAACUCUUGACACCUCCUCGCCAACCACGGCCGUGCCAACGUCCACCCCUGCCACCUCGUCGCCAGAGACCAGCCCUGUCACCACCACACCUGAGACAACGACCAGCCUGGCCAGCACAGCUUCUACGAUUAGCUCUGUUGUGAUCACCACACUCACCACAGAAAUCUCCACCACCCCUGAGCCCACCACCCCUGAAACAUCUAUGUCCACACUUGAAAGCACGCCCUCGACCACUGGCACACCCUCCAGCACACCCUUCGUCACAUCAACCACGGCCAGCACUGAAAGCUCCACUUCUGACACCACUGCCACCACAAUGGCCACCACCACUCCUCCUUCCACGACAACUCUUGACACCUCCUCGCCAACCACUGCCGUGCCAACGUCCACCCCUGCCACCUCGUCGCCAGAGACCAGCCCUGUCACCACCACACCUGAGACAACGGCCAGCCUGGCCAGCACAGCUUCUACGACCAGCUCUGUUGUGAUCACCACACUCACCACAGAAAUCUCCACCACCCCUGAACCCACCACCAUUGCCACCUCCACGCCCACGGCAGAAAGCACUCCCAUGAGCACUGACGUGGCCUCCAGCACACCCACAUCCACAUCCACCAUGCCCAGCACCGAAAUCUCCACUUCUGCCACAACAGACAUGACCACGGCCACCACCACCCCUGAACCUACGACCGCUGUGGAGACAACCAAACCGACCACUGCCGUGCCAACAUCCACCCUUGCCACCUCGUCAGCAGCCUCCAGCCCUGACACAACCACACCCGAGCGCACCACCAGCACGGCCAGCACGGCUUCCACAACUUGGGCACCCUCCACCAACACCCCUGAGCUCAGCUCCACCCUCACCACUGAAAUCUCCACCACCCCGGAGCCCACCACCACUGCCACAUCUAUGCCCACACCAGAAAACACGCCCUCGACCACUGGCGCACCCUCCAGCACAUCCAUUGUCACAUCAACCACAGCCAGCGCUGAAAGCUCCACUUCAGCCACCAUGGCCACCACCACCAUGGCUGCUACUACUCCUUCGCCAACCCCAACUGUGGACACAAGCUCACCAACCACGGCUGUGCCAACGUCCACCCCUGCCACCUCGUCGCCAGAGACUAGUCCUGUCACCACCACACCUGAGACAAUGACCAGCCUGGCCAGCACAGCUUCUACGACUAGCUCUGUUGUGAUCACCACACUCACCACAGAAAUCUCCACCACCCCUGAACCCACCACCACUGCCACCUCCACGCCCACGCCAGAAAGCACUCCCAUGAGCACUGACGUGGCCUCCAGCACACCCACGUCCACAUCCACCAUGGCCAGCACUGAAAUCUCCACUUCUGCCACAACAGACAUGACCACGGCCACCACCACCCCUGAACCUACGACCGCCGUGGAGACAACCAAACCGACCACUGCCGUGCCAACAUCCACCCUUGCCACCUCGUCAGCAGCCUCCAGCCCUGACACAACCACACCCGAGCGCACCACCAGCACGGCCAGCACGGCUUCCACAACUUGGGCACCCUCCACCAACACCCCUGAGCUCAGCUCCACCCUCACCACUGAAAUCUCCACCACCCCUGAGCCCACCACCACUGCCACAUCUAUGUCAACACUCGAAAGCACGCCCUCGACCACUGGCGCACCCUCCAGCACACCCAUGCCCUCAUCCACCACGGCCAGCACUGAAAGCUCCACUUCAGCCACCAUGGCCACCACAAUGGCCACCACCACUCCUCCUUCCACGACAACUCUUGACACCUCCUCGCCAACCACGGCCGUGCCAACGUCCACCCCUGCCACCUCGUCGCCAGAGACCAGCCCUGUCACCACCACACCUGAGACAACGACCAGCCUGGCCAGCACAGCUUCUACGAUUAGCUCUGUUGUGAUCACCACACUCACCACAGAAAUCUCCACCACCCCUGAGCCCACCACCCCUGAAACAUCUAUGUCCACACUCGAAAGCACGCCCUCGACCACUGGCACACCCUCCAGCACACCCUUCGUCACAUCAACCACGGCCAGCACUGAAAGCUCCACUUCAGACACCACUGCCACCACAAUGGCCACCACCACUCCUCCUUCCACGACAACUCUUGACACCUCCUCGCCAACCACUGCCGUGCCAACGUCCACCCCUGCCACCUCGUCGCCAGAGACCAGCCCUGUCACCACCACACCUGAGACAACGACCAGCCUGGCCAGCACAGCUUCUACGACUAGCUCUGUUGUGAUCACCACACUCACCACAGAAAUCUCCACCACCCCUGAACCCACCACCACUGCCACCUCCACGCCCAUGCCAGAAAGCACUCCCAUGAGCACUGACGUGGCCUCCAGCACACCCACAUCCACAUCCACCAUGCCCAGCACCGAAAUCUCCACUUCUGCCACAACAGACAUGACCACGGCCACCACCACCCCUGAACCUACGACCGCUGUGGAGACAACCAAACCGACCACUGCCGUGCCAACAUCCACCCUUGCCACCUCGUCAGCAGCCUCCAGCCCUGACACAACCACACCCGAGCGCACCACCAGCACGGCCAGCACGGCUUCCACAACUUGGGAACCCUCCACCAACACCCCUGAGCUCAGCUCCACCCUCACCACUGAAAUCUCCACCACCCCUGAGCCCACCACCACUGAAACAUCUAUGUCCACACCAGAAAGCACGCCCUCGACCACUGGCGCACCCUCCAGCACAUCCAUUGUCACAUCAACCACGGCUAGCACUGAAAGCUCCACUUCUGCCACCAUGGCCACCACCACCAUGGCUGCUACUACUCCUUCGCCUACCCCAACUGUGGACACAAGCUCACCAACCACUGCCGUGCCAACGUCCACCCCUGCCACCUCGUCACCAGAGACCAGCCUUGUCACCACCACACCUGUUCCUACCACCAGCACAGUUUCCACGACUUUGGCCCCCUCCAGCACCACUCCUGUGUGCCAGCUCCACGCCUGCACCAGCAAGCACUCCCACGACCACUGUGCCCCCGACCACUACGGCCAGCACUACGACAACUUCCACCACAACCACCACCACGGCCACUACCCUGACCACCACCACGUCUUCGCCCACCACCAUGGAGACAGAUGCCAGCAUGUCAGCAUCAUCUGUGAGAAUGAAGGCGUCUGGGAUGGAAUCAAAUGUGUGUGCCAGCUUCCCUUCUACGGACAGCGAUGUGAGAACGUACUGGAGAGCAUUGACUUAGAGCCGCCCCAGGUCGUGUCUGCGACGGUGGAGUUGUCUGUAACGGUGACCAGCGAGACAUACAGCGAGCAGCUGCAGGACCGGUCGUCAGAAGAAUUCAAGAAGUUCAACGAGACGUUCACAGAACAAAUGGUGCAGAUUUACAAAGAUCUCCCUCAGUUUGAAGGGGUCAACAUCACAAGGCUGUCGCCUGGCAGUGUGGUGGUGGAACAUGACGUCAUCCUGAAGGCCAACUACACCACUCAGUACAAGGAAGUGUUCCAGCAGGCCACUGAGACCGUGGAGAAGAUCAUCAAGAACGUGACGGCCGUGCAGAUUAACAACAGCAACAACACCUGCUCCACCCUGCUGUGCUUCAACACCACGGCCACGGUGGUGCAGAACUUCACCAUAGACUACAACCCCGAAGAGGAUUGCAAGCAGAAGGCAGGCUCAGAGUACAGCGACUUCUUCACGGUGGAGUACAAGGACGAGCAGGCGUACUGCAUCUCAGCCUGCGUGCCCGACUUCAACAUCUCCCUGAACUGCAACAUGGGGAAAUGCCAGCUCCAACGCAGUGGCCCCCGCUGCUUAUGCCUGAUGACGGACACGCACUGGUACAGUGGGGACACCUGCGAGUGGGCCACCUCCAAGAGCUUGGUAUACGGGCUGAUGGGGGGGGCAGGCGGCUUGCUGCUCAUCGUCUUCGUGGGGCUGCUGGUGUUCGCCUUCCGUUCCAGGCGGGCCGUCCAAAGGCAGCGGGCCAGAGAGGCCGAGCUGUACCAAUGGCAAGAAGAGGAUGACAGCUCGGGAGCUGGCACCUUCCAAAACGUCUCCUUCGGCUUCAACGAAGAGCAAGAAGGCUCCGUUUAUGUGAAUUCCAUCUACAGUAACUUCCAGCCCUCCCUGAACAACGUGGACUCUACCAGAAAGAUCCAAAUCCAAAGGCCAGAGGUGAUAGUGACAUCCUUCUGAGGCAAAGGCAGCGAGGCAGGGAGCCAUGGAGUCUGGGAGUGAGGAAACCCCGGCCAGAGUGAAGCCUGGAAGAACACCUCCCCGCCCAGAGCAACUCACAG